CAGGACUCGCUACGAAUAUAGUAUUCUGAGGAAAAGCUGCGGGCCUAGAGCCCAGUAACGCCCCGGUGCUCAGCUCGUAGGCUGACUUCGCGCAUAAGAUGGCGCAUUGGGGCCUGAGGUGACGAGAACCGUAAGGAUGGCACAUGCGGCAGCAGGGAUUGUGUUCCCAGGAGUUGUUGUCUUGGCGCUCAGCCGAUGGGGAGGGCGCAACUAUAGCUAUUCACGGAAGGAAGCAGUGGCCCCGAGAGGAGGCGAGCGAGGGGCGUACUGUGAUGCGAAGGAGGAGCCCUAGCGCACGUGUCGCCCGAGGUAUAAGAAGCAAAAGGCAAGCGGGGGAGAAUCGGAACUGGACGUCUUGUGAGCUCGGGUGGAGCGAAAGGCUCGCUCACCCGCCAUUCGACGGUGUCAAUCCGCACUCCUUUCGGUCUGGGUCUGCUCGUCGAGCACCGUAUGGAACUAGGCGCCUGAACUAGUGAUAUGGUGGUUCGAUCCGGCCAGCCGCAGCAAGAGGGAGAUGCAAUGACACGCGGGGAGGUGGAAAUUGCGGGCACUCCGAGUCGGGCUUCCCAAGAGCCAGAAUUGGGGGCUUCGGACGAUGAGCGAGUGCCCGAUGUCCAACCUUCUCUCCCGGUCGCUCCGUUUCAUCAUCGCCCGUCGGUGUCUCGAAAUGCCGAGGACGAUCUUUUCGAAUCGUUCGGCAUGCUCCACAACGAUCGCGAUACCUGCGUGUUAGGGAUUGUACGCCAGGAGGAGCAAGCGGCUCGAAUUUCAUUUUCUGGCCCUCGGCUCUCUGCCUCCGGGCAGACUCAGUCGGGGCGCAUCUCGUUCUCGGGCUCGGAGAAUUUCCGGAGGUCGGUGGAUUUUUCGGAGCUCGCCCGCAGAUCCGUGGAUUGCAGCGAGCUCCACCGCAGGUCGCUGGACUUUUCGGGCUCUGAACAGGACCAUGCAGCAGCAGCGGACCUCCGAGAUUUCGAGGCCGCAACCAAAAAACCAAAAGGCGUAUCCACUUACAGGCGACUUCUGGCCUACGCAGAUGCUCUCGAUUACCUUCUGAUGGCGUUGGGAACGAUCGGGGGCAUCGGGGACGGCCUCAUUCAACCUCUUUCGUACUACAUCACCAGCGGGCUCAUGAACACAUUUGGCCAGGGCUUGAACGAAGUGGACCCUCGAGAGUUUCAGCAUGAAAUCAACAAAUUCGCAGUUUUAUACAUCUAUCUGGCAUUGGGAUCGUUCGCGGCCAGCGGCCUCGAGGUGGCGUGCUGGAUGCUGACGAGCGAGAGGCAGGUCUCGCGCCUGCGGUCCAUGUACCUGAGGGCGAUCCUCCGGCAGGACGACAUGUUCUUCGACACGUCGGGCGCGAACUCGGCCGAGGUGGUAAACAGCGUGGCCAACGACACUUUGGCGAUCCAGGACGCGCUGAGCGAGAAGCUGGGCCAAUUCAUCGCCAGCCUCUCUCACUUCGUUGGGGGGCUGGUCAUUGCGUUCGUGCUCGUCUGGAGGCUGGUGCUGGUGACACUACCGCUGACGCCGCUGCUCAUCAUCCCGGGGAUGAUGUUCGGGCGCCAUCUAGCCAAGGCGUACUCGAGGAUGCACAAGAGCAACCUCGAGGCCGCCACCGUGGCCGAGCAUGCCAUCUCGUCGGUGCGCGCCGUGUUCUCGUUUGUGGGCGAGUGCCGGACGGCGACGAAAUUCUCACGCAGCCUGGACUCGACGCUGCGCCUGGGGCUCAGGGUGGGCAUCUGGAAGGGCCUGGCCAUGGGCGCAAACGGCAUCACCUUCGCCAUGUGGGGCUUCAUGACCUGGUAUGGCAGCACGCUUGUGGUGAACCACGGAGUCCAGGGCGGCAAGAUUGUGUGCGCGGGCCUGGCCUUUGUCAAUUCGGGCAUCGCACUUGGCAACGCGCUCCCGAGCCUGACCUACUUCAUGGAAGGGCGUGCGGCAGCCACGCGCAUUCUGGCCAUGAUCGACCGCGUGCCGGACAUCGAUUCAGACGACCUCAGCGGCAAGGUGCUGCCGAAGCUUCAAGGCAAGCUCGAGUUUCGCAAUGUGUCCUUCGUGUACCCGGCGCGCCCGGAAGCGCCCGUCCUGCAGCGCUUCUCGCUGCGAGUGCCGGCGGGCAAGACUGUGGCGCUAGUGGGCGAGAGCGGGUCCGGCAAGUCGACGCUCAUCAGCCUGCUGGAGCGGUUCUACGACCCGCUCGAGGGCCAGGUGCUGGUGGACGGUCUGAACAUCAAGUGGCUGCAGCUGAGGUGGCUGCGCACGCAGAUCGGCCUGGUGAGCCAGGAGCCGGCGCUGUUCGCCACGUCGAUCCGCGAGAACAUCCUGUUCGGCAAGGAGGGCGCCAGCAUGGCCGAGGUGGUGGAAGCCGCGCGCACGGCCAGCGCGCAGAACUUCAUCGAGGCCCUUCCGCGCGCCUACGAGACGCAGGUCGGCGAGCACGGGGUGAUGAUGUCCGGGGGCCAGAAGCAACGCAUCGCCAUCGCGCGCGCCGUUAUCAAGAAUCCCGCCAUCCUGCUGCUCGACGAGGCCACCAGCGCGCUGGAUGCCGAGUCGGAGCAAGUCGUCCAGCGCGCCCUCGACGCGGCCGCCGUCGGGCGCACGACGCUCGUGGUGGCGCACCGGCUCUCCACCAUCCGCACCGCGGACCUCAUCGCCGUCGUGCGCGGAGGGCGCGUGGUGGAGCUGGGGCCGCACGAGGAGCUGCUGCGCAUCGAGGGGGGCGCCUACGCCGCGCUCGUCAACCUCAGCAAGGCCACGGCCGACAUCAGCAGCGGGGACGGCGCGGGCGAGAUCGCCCGCGACGCCGUAAUGCGCCGGGAGCCCUCGGGCCGCGACGUGCCCGUGCGCCGGUCGCUGUCCAAAUCGUCCGCGGUCUCGCCGGAGGACGUCGAGGCGCCCGAGAAGAAGCGAGAGCCCGAGGGCGAAUCGGAGUCGGAGUCGAAGGCGAAGUCGGAGUCGUCGAGGGCGCCGUCGCUGAGGCGGCUGCUGGGACUGAGCAGAGCGGAGUGGAGGCAGGCCUUGCUGGGGUCGGUGGGCGCCGUGAUGUACGGCGUGAUCCAGCCGCUGUACGCCUUCUUUUUGGCGAGCACGGUGUACAUCUUCUUCAUGCGCGACCACGGCGAGCUGCUGCGGGCGGCGGCGCGCACGGCCGGCGUGUUCGUGGGGCUGGGCGCGGCGUGCUGCAUCGCCAACCUGCUGCAGCACUACUACUUCGCGGAGAUGGGCGAGCGGCUGUCGAAGCGCGUGCGCGAGACCAUGCUGAGCAAGGUGCUGACCUUCGAGAUGGGCUGGUUCGACCGCGACGAGAACUCGAGCGGCGCGGUGUGCUCCAAGAUCUCGUCCGAGGCGAACGUGGUGCGCUCGCUGGUGGGCGACCGCAUCUCGCUCAUCGUCCAGACCGUCACGGCCAUCGUGUUCGCCUGCGCCCUGGGCCUGGUGCUGACGUGGCGCCUGGCCGCGGUGAUGAUCGCCGUCACGCCGCUGACCAUCGUCUGCUUCUACGCCAAGAAGGCGCUGCUGCAGCGCACGUACGCGCUGACUAGGAAAGCGCAGGAGGCCGGGAGCCAGGUGGCGAGCGAGGCCGUUAGCCACCACCGCACCAUCGCCGCAUUCGCCCUGCAGGACAAGGUGGUGGGCAUCUUCGAGGCCAUCCAGGUCGGCCCGCAGAAGCAGUCGCGCCAGCGGGCGGUCAUUGCUGGGCUCGGCCUGGGCGCCGCCUCCUUCACCGUCUACGCCAUCUGGGCACUGGACUUCUGGUGGGGCGCCGAGCUCAUCGUCCGCGGGCAGCUGACCUACACGCACCUGCUGCAGUGCUUCUUUGUGCUCAUCUCCACCGGCAAGAUGAUCGCCGUGGCCGGUAGCAUGACCACGGACCUGGCCAAGGGCGCCAACUCAGUCAAGGCCGUGUUCGACAUCCUGGACCGGAAGACGGAGAUCGAGCCCGACGACGAGCAGGGCAUGAAGCUCGAGCGCGUCGACGGCAACGUCGAGUUCAAGGGCGUGCACUUCCGGUACCCGGCGCGGCCCGACGUGGUGAUCUUCCGCAACCUGAACCUGCGCGUCGCGCAGGGCAAGCACGUGGCCAUGGUCGGGCAGAGCGGGUCGGGCAAGUCGACCAUCAUCGGGCUGAUCGAGCGAUUCUACGACCCGCAGGAGGGCCAGGUGCUCAUCGACGGCCACGACCUGCGACGCCUGCACCUGCGCUCCAUCCGAACGCACAUCGCGCUCGUCAGCCAGGAGCCGACGCUCUUCGCCGGCACCAUCCGCGACAACAUCCUCUACGGGCGCGAGGGCGCAUCGGAGGCCGAGGUCGUGGAGGCGGCCAAGGCCGCCAAUGCCUACGGCUUCAUCUCGGCGCUGGAAGACGGAUUCGAGACGUCCACGGGCGAGCGCGGCGUGCAGCUGUCCGGAGGCCAGAAGCAGCGCGUGGCCAUCGCGCGCGCCAUCAUCAAGAACCCCGCUAUUCUGCUGCUGGACGAGGCCACCAGCGCCCUCGACGCGCAGUCCGAGAAGACGGUGCAGGACGCGCUGGAUCGCAUCAUGGUCGGCCGGACCACCAUCGUCGUCGCGCACCGCCUCUCCACCGUCCGCAACUGCGAUUCGAUCGCCGUCCUGCAGGUCGGCUGCAUUCUCGAGCAGGGCAGCCACGAGGAGUUGCUCUCGCGGGGCCCGACCGGCGCUUACUCGGCGUUGUUCAGCCUCCAGGGUCACUCUCCUAGCCCUUAGGGGGAGACUCGAGAACUCGAUCGAAUUCGUCGACAAGGACCACUGGUGUUUUCUUUUUGGUUUCGCCCUUGUACGUACACUCAGUGCCAGCAGCUGCUGCUCCAUAGUCCGACGUCCUUGUUCAUACGUAUAGUGCAUCGUCAAAUUUUGCCCGCGGCUCUCGAACCGACUCAUAUCAUUCUUUGUACAGAGGCAUCAUUAGGCUGAGCCGAGGCUCAGCUCAUUCGACCCGUUUACCACUUUAGAAGACUUGUGCAGUGUAGAUUACGAAGUUCGGCGUUUGCGAUGACUCCAGGCGCUCGAUCAUCGUUUCCCCUGGAGGACUGCCGUGAUAGAGGAUGGUUUUUUUCUGCCGAUCGUUCGACCGAUCCAUGUCCCUGCAGAACGCGCCUCAAGAUUUGGUAAUCAAUUGACCGGAGACGUCUGCAGACAUCGGUACGCGAGAGCUCCCGGAGGGAAGAUAGUUCUCCGACAGAUGUCUGCUUAUUUCUCUCUGUCUGCACACCGGUAGGAACAGACUGAUGUACACAUGUUCAUAUGUAAAGAGGAGAGACAUAGACCUCCCAUACCAUUAAAAAAUGCGGGGGCAUAGGUACACACAUUCUUACUUAGAGCUUUGAUCAGCAUGUAGACUGAAAGGAAAAAACUCGCUCAUUCCAUCCCUGUGCUAUGGUAGGGUAAUAUUAUCUUUUCGCCAAUUAGUAGAGCAGAUCGUUUAUUUGUGCAAGACGGAACACCGAAUUCUCCUCUACUAGAUAAGUAGGCACUCCCGAUGAAAACAGCCUCGUUUUUGUGCUGUACAUCAUGCCUGAAACAAUGGGGAGGCAUACGCUUCCAACGUUACCACGAAAGCUGUACAGCAACGAAGCAAAGGUGAGCAUAGAGCAUAGAAAUUGACUCAGUGACCUCACAGGAUGUAAUGUAGUGAGUUUUCCAACACUCUAUAAAGCGGAUGCAAUGCGUACUCGAGAUGGAUGUAGAGAUUGUUCACACAAGUUGAUGAGUACGGGGAUUUUGCACCUAUCUCUUGACGAAUGUGUCAGAAAGACGGUCGGUUGAUGGUAGAUUCUGCAAGUAUGGAUGGUGUGUCUCACGAAAAAACACAGCCAACCUGCUGUUCGUCACGCGAACUGUCAUUCGUGUAUUCUUGGACAAUUGGUCUAAAACCACCUGACACAUGUACGGAUGACGGUGACCGUAUAUAUACUGCAUGCCCGCAGUCACGUCGGGACUUCACUUGGCCUCGAGCAUUGAAAAUCCGUGCUUGUCCGGGCGAGUCUUGUUGCGCACUUCCCCGUAAAGGACAAACUUUUACUCUAAAAAGCAUCUGCAUCCGG